AUGGGCGAUAAGAGAGGAAAGUAUGUAGCUCGUGCCUGUAUUCGUUGUAAAGAAAAAAAAAUCAAGUGCCAGAAAGACGGCGGUCCAUAUUGUGAAGCUUGUAGGUCUUGUAUCGAAAAUGGUCUAGAAUGUGUCCAACAAGGAGAUGCAAAAAAAAGGGGGCCUAAGCCGCAACCGUCAACUGCUCAAGAACCUCAUUUGAGCCAAAAUAAUAUAUCUGAAAACGUUCGACAUGAUGUCAGCGAAUAUCAAUCCCUCAUGAUUAUGAUUAAUGGAGACAAUGGCGAAUAUUAUGAUGGAUGGAGACAAAGUUCCCGAUUACAUGAAACAAACCAAAAUGGGCAAAUUUUCUCAAUGGAUUGUCGGGCAUCUAUGGCUACCUUUCAAGUAUCGAUUGAUGAUGUUAGUCCCCAGAAAAAAUUAUCUGAGACAUUUAUGCUCAACGGAGGCAAUAGUAAUUCUAAUUUUUAUCCGCAACAUUGGUUAAAUGAUGAUAUUCAAUAUAUAGCUGAGUCUUGUAAAUCAUCCAUGGCAAUGUCGCAGAAACACUUAGAACAAAUAUCUGAGGAUCCUUCAUUUCAGAAGCCGACAUCUGAAAACAUUCAAAAUGGUAUCGAAUUUAUCGAUUAUAGACCAUAA